CUGCACAGCCUUACCCAGUGGUUCACAUGGGGUCAGAGGUCCUGCUGCAGUGUUCCUUCACGGUGACGUCAGGUGCCAUUGAUGUUAAACAGCUGACAGUCAACUGGAUACAAUAUGCACUGACGGUAGCAAAGUACGACCAGGAGGACCUCAUUGAGAGACCGAGACUGAGCCUGAACACUGAGGGGAUGAAGAGUGGAAACGCAUCUCUGCUCAUCAGGUCUGUCAGCUUUGAUGAUGGCGGUCAGUACAGGUGUACAGUGCAACAUAAAGGAGAAGAAGGAGACGUGGACAUCUAUGUGUCUGUCAGAGCGACUCCUCAGGUGUCCGUAAAGCUGGAAACGAACCUCAGUCUGUCUGAAGGAGUGGUGACCUGUGAAGCUGCGAGUUUCUACCCACAAGCCAUCAGCUUUAUCAUCACAAGAAAGGGUGAGACUUUAAAAACAGAGAGGCUGACAUCGGAUCAAAGUCCAUCCAGGUGGCGUCUACCUGAUGGGUCCUUCAGUGCCAGGAGUGUCUACACCUUUGACGUGAGUGACAUCAGGAACAGCAGAGACACAAUGAGCUGUGAAGUGACACAUGCAUCUGUGGAUCAGCCAAUCACAGUCUCCACCACACCAGUUGUUCCAGUGGUCUCAUUGGUGCUGCUCCAUGCCAGUCAGGUAGUCUGCCGUGCUGAGAACUUCUACCCAUCAGAGGUGGUCUUUACCUGGAGGAGAAGUGAGGAGGACAUGAAAUCAGAGACCCCAGAAGCGUCACGGACCCCCACUGGCACCUUCACUGCAGAAAGCUUGUUAGAGUUCACUCCACACAGUCGAGAUCGGGUGUCCUGUCAAGUGGAGCACAUGACUGGCGUGUCUGAGAGGAAAUACGUCACAAGUGAGUACACUUAAUGGGGGCUGUCAUCAUGG